GGUAUAAAGGUUCUUCAUGAUCUCCCGAACGCUGCCGUCGACGUCUGCUUUGUCCAUGGCCUGACCGGUAAUCGUGACUCGACCUGGACCGCCAAAGGACAGCCUCAGCCUUGGUCACAAGCCCUUCUCCCAUCAAGACUUUGCAGAUCACGCGUCCUGACCUAUGGAUAUGAUGCCUACGUCACCCGCGGACUAGGUACAGUUGCAUCAUCCAACAGAUUGACCGACCACGCUUCGAAUUUUUUGAAUGAUCUGACAACGAAUGGGGCAGCUGAUGAUGCGCUCUGGAGGCCGCUUAUUUUUGUUGCUCACAGCCUUGGUGGUCUCGUUUGUAAAGAGAUGAUUUUGGCUUCAAGGAAUAACCCUGAAUCACAUCUCAAAGCCGUCUUUGCCGCAACAAAAGGAAUCAUUUUCAUGGGCACUCCGCACACUGGGAGGUGGAUGGCUGACUGGGCUUCUAUCCCUGCAGAGGCCCUUGGCGUUAUCAUCUCAACCAAUAAGUCAUUGCUCAAGGUCCUACAAACAAAUGAUCCAUUUCUCAAGUCUAUUCAACACCGGUUUCUGGCCAUGAUUCGAGAUAUUCCGAGCAGCGGCAGCAGCAUCAAAAUUACCUGC